AUGGCUAAAACACUGCUUGGGGAAAGUUCAGAAAGCUGCAGCAAGACUGGGUUGAACCCCUUCUGCGCUCUUAACCCGGCUCCAGAUGCCGACUCUUCUUUUUGGAGCAAAAAACUUCAGGAUAAACCAGCCAAAAAGGUCAGAGCAAAGACCAAGCCCUCAAAGAAAAACAAGAAGAAAUCAGACACAUCAGAGCUAUUUGCCCUGGAGAAUGAGUCGGAGGGAACUUCCCAUCCAUCCUCUAGCGACUCUACUGGGACUCAGAUGCCUCCCUUCAAGAUUGCCCCUGGUGGUAUAGCCAAACCAAGCAAGAAGUUGAUGGUAGGCAAGCCGGUCGAAGAUCCCAAGGUCCAUGAGCCGGAGAAACAGACCCCAUCAUCAGAAGCUUCAAAUCAGAACCCUGAAGACACUGCUGAUGACCCGCCACCAGAGACUCAUGACACCCCCGUGGAUCCCAUGAGUGUUGACCCGUCAAGUGCUAAGCCGCCAAGCCCCAUCAAGCCUGCCGAGGAAGAUACUGAAGAUGUCUUGAUUACUGGCACUGGCUAUGUAGAGUCGGGGAAUCCCACGGUUUUGGCUAAGCAUUCUGCCAAGGAGGAAUUACUUGAGAAGAGCAAAACCAAAUUUGACAUUGCGAGCUACUCAAACUUGGAUGUCAAUGAGCUAUGGCUAUCUGAGCCGUCUGCAUACUGGUAG